GUACUAGGUGACUUCAAAACUCGCCGUCAACCUGGCAAAAGCAGGGAGGAUUAUGUUGCUAUACUUACGAAGGAUCUAUGUUCCCAAUACGGUUACAAUGAGUUCCUUAUGACGAAAAUUCAUGCAACUUUUUUCCACAGCCGUCUGAGAGGAGACUUGGCGAAAGCUUUGAUUAAUCGAGGAAUGAACGUAGAUCCUGCUGCGCCUUGGACGAAAGUUGGAUUAGUAGUGUAUGACUCUCAAGUUCCUAUAGGAGCAACUCCGGAGUACCUCGCUGGUCACUACAUGAUACAAGGUCUCAAUUCGUUGUUACCAGUCAUGGCUCUUGCUCCACAGCCCGGUGACCGUGUUUGUCUUGAUUAUGUGCGCCGCUCCAGGAGGAAAGACGUCACAUAUUGCUAG